AUGUUAAUGUCACUAGCGGUUUAUAUAAUCAUCACAUAUUUGACAUUGCUAUCAAAAGGUGCUCCUAAACUUGGUCACUUAAUAUUAGAUUCCCUGUUACUAGAAAGCAGUAACCUAAACGGAGAGAAUGAUCUUAAAAAAUACCGUUUUCCCACUUUUAUCGGCAGACGAGAUACAAAUAAUGAACCGGAACCUAAAACUGCACCAUGUCAUGGUUAUGAUUACGAUGACAUGAAAUGCAAAAUGGUCAACAAUAGGAUUCUGUGUGGCUACAACAAAAACAAUGGCGAAUUAAAAGGCAGCAAUGAAAUUGUUGACAUGGGGGGCGAUUGUCGUAUGCGAAAUGAUAGGAUAGAAUGCGGAUAUUUUAAAGGACCUUAUGAUGGCAAAAAGCUACCACCGCAUUUUGAUAAAAUGAAGAAUAAAAGUCAAUCAACUAGAACAUAUACUACAGAAACACUUUUAAACAAACUAAUAGGUAAAACAGAUGCUUUCGCAGAAACAGAACCCAGAAAAAUCUCUAGAAAUACUGAACAAACUCCUCCUGCAAGUAUAAUUGGAAGAUCUUAUAAUAAAACAAAAGAAGCUGUUAAUUCUACCACAAAUAUUAAUAAAACAGAAGUUCCUACUGUUAGUACAACUGCUGAUGAAACCGAAGAAUAUCUUGAAAAUGAUAACAUAACUAAUUCUAAUACAGAGGCUACAAAGAAUACAAUCGUUUAUUCUUCUUCCAUUUCGACUGCUCAAAUAAUAACUUUAACAAAUUCACCAGUAACAACGCAGAGUAUAGCACACGAUGAAAAAUCUACUCGAUAUUUAAACACUGAUAAAUCUAUAACAAAUGCUACGAAUACAAAGGAGCCUCACAUAACUAAAGAAAUCAAUGAGAAACCAGUUACCCUUUGUGUGGAGAAACAGGACCGGAUUGUAUGCUACGAUACUAAACAAUUUCUGUUAUUAAAAAAAACUAGAAGGUCUUCAUAA